CUGGGCCGCGGCGGCAGCGGAGGAGGCGGCAGCGGCAAGGGGAGCUGGAGCGGGAGCGGGAUCGGCGGGGACAGCUCGUCCGCCAUCGGCGGCGGCGGCGCCUCGGCGGACGCCUGGACGCGCCUCGCCAGCUCCGGCCUGGAGGACGACUUCCUCGGCCCCGUGGGCGCCGGCGCCGGCGGAGGGCCCGGCGGGAUGCCGUACGGCCACUUCCUCGACGCCUGCUUCCUCUGCCGCAAGCCCAUCGCCUGCAACCGCGACAUCUUCAUGUACAGAGGUGACAUCCCGUUCUGCAGCGAGGAGUGCAGGAGGGAGCAGAUGGAGGCGGACGAGGAGGUGGAGAGGAAGCAGAAGAGCACCGCCAAGAAGCUGUCAGCCAGGCCGGCAUCGCUCGGGGAGGUGGAGUCGCCACCAAGGCCUCCCAAGACCCGGGCCGGGUCAAUCCUCGCCGGCUGACUGAUCGUUUUCCCCCAGGCCAAAAUCAUUCUAGAUCCCAAGUUGCCACCAGAAGAAUUAACUAUCGC